GUACCGGAAGCGACUGUGGUCGACCUUGCACAGGGUUAGCACCAGAGAAAGCAGCAGCAUGGCGAACAAGGAUCCUAGCAGUUUUUUUCAGCAGUUGAGGGACAUGGCUGGCAGGCUGUCCUCUGGUUCCAAGGGAGCAGGAAUGGGUCUCAAAUUACUAAUGGGUGCUGGCGCACUGGUUUAUGGAGUGAAAGAAGCCACAUACACAGUUGAAGGUGGGCAGAGAGCUAUUAUUUUUAACAGAAUAGGAGGGAUGCAGGAUACAGUUCUUUCAGAAGGGCUGCACAUCAGGAUACCAUGGAUUCAAUACCCUAUCAUUUAUGACAUCCGAGCCAAGCCAAGAAAGAUCUCCUCUCUCACUGGAUCCAAAGAUCUCCAGAUGGUGAACAUAGCACUUCGUGUCCUGUCCAGACCUGAGGCCUCAAAGCUCCCAUUCCUCUACCAGCGCUUGGGCAAGGACUACGAUGAGCGAGUCCUGCCCUCCAUUGUCAAUGAAGUUCUGAAGAGUGUGGUAGCCAAGUUUAAUGCCUCCCAGCUCAUCACACAGAGAGCGCAGGUGUCCUUGCUGAUACGCCGUGAGUUGUUUGAGCGGGCCAAGGACUUCAACAUCAUCCUUGACGAUGUGGCCAUCACAGAGCUGAGCUUCAGCAGGGAAUACACUGCAGCGGUGGAGUCUAAGCAAGUCGCCCAGCAGGAGGCCCAGAGGGCUCAGUUCUAUGUGGAGAAGGCCAAGCAGGAUCAGAGGCAGAAAAUCAUCCAGGCUGAAGGAGAGGCUGAAGCCGCUAAAAUGCUUGGAGAAGCUGUCACUAAGAAUCCUGGCUAUCUGAAGCUGAGAAGAAUCCGAGCCGCUCAAGCCAUUGCAAAGACUGUGGCUGCAUCACAGAACAGAGUUUACCUGAACGCUGACAAUCUGGUCUUGAAUCUCCAGGACGAGUCCUUUAACAAUUUAACGUUGAAUUCUGUUCGAGGAAAGAAGUAACAAAAGCAUCGUGCGUUCCACGUUGUUUUGAGACAUCCUUGAAGAACCCAGUGCAUUUUGAAGUGUGCUGUCCCACUGUCACAUUGCAUAUUUAUUUUUGUGUAUUAUAGGCCUGAUUAUCACUGCUGUAAAAUGUUGAGAAAUCACUGACAUGGUUUUGUUUUUGUAUAAUAAAAUACAGAUGUAUACUAAAAAAAAAAUAAACCCAUAACCAUAUAAAAUUUUACAUUAAUACUCAAGUGCCUGUGCUGUUUGCUGUCAUAAUUCAGCAUUCUGGGUACUCUUCUAUUAAACAAAACAGGCCUUGUUGAUCAGUUAGUUGUCAUUCCCUAGCUUGUUUACUUAAUAUAUAUUCAAGUGUUUCAAUAAGAUUGUAGAAGGUUAUACUUGUCAUUUUAACAAUUUACAGGAAACAUCUUUUAGCACAGGCAUAUAAUGGACUAUUUCAAAACUGUAUGGGGCAGCACACCAUUACAUUGAAUUUUAAAACCUGAUUUUGUUUAGAAUUGGAAUCUGGGUUGUAGAUUGUACAGCACAUGCAGAUUCACUCUGACACAUUCAAAGCAUCAUGCAACUAACGGACUUCAAAUUAUUGUUGUUACUGUUUUUAUAAUUGUUUUCCUAGGGGUUAUCUCCUUCCACCCCCCACUUUCUUUUUUUCUUUUUUUUUAUAUAUCAAUUGUAAAGGGUUGCCAAUUAAAUUGGCUGCUUCCAGUUUGAAAAGCAGAAUCGAUUGAGAUCAGUCUAAUCUGUUAUUAGUCUUCACUAAGCGUCAGGACAAUAAAAUAAAAAUGGAUUUGGUUCAA